GUACCGUACGAAAAAUAGGAUAGGUUAGAUUUUAGGUAUCUUAAUUCAUAAAAAGUUAGAAUUAAAAGUUAGAACCGAAUGGUUAGAAGUAAGAACGUGAGAACUUACAAUCGUGUUAUUUUUUGCUCUAAAAAGAAUAAUUUAAAAUAAUUUUGAAUAAAGAGAAUCCUAGAAAAUGAAAGCCUUAAUUCAGCGUGCUAUGAAUGCUAGAGUUAGCGUAAAUGGAGAAGUAAUCAGCAGCAUCGGCCAAGGAGCAUGUGUAUUUAUUGGUAUCAAUCAAGAUGACACUAUGAAAGAUGUAGAAUUCAUGGCAAAGAAGCUAUUGAGUAUUAAACUAUUUGAAGAUAAUGAAAAAAAAUGGAAGAAAAGUAUUGUUGAUAAAGAAUUUGAGAUUUUGUGUAUUAGCCAAUUCACUCUCUAUGCUACAUGGAAAGGUAACCAUCCAGAUUAUCACAAAGCGAUGCCGGGGGAAAAAUCAAAAGAACUAUAUGAUAAAUUAAUUGAACUUAUGAGAAAACAAUACAAACCAGAUAUGAUAAAAGACGGUGUUUUUGGUGCUUACAUGCAAGUAACGUUACAAAACGAUGGACCGGUUACACUAGAAUUAGAGUCACCUGUCCAGCAAGAAAAAGUUAAACAAAAGAAGACAAACAAUGAAGCAAAAAGUUCAAGAAGUAUUGAAUAUGAAGGUUUACGAGUAUGAUGAAGACGAUGAGAAAUUCAAGUUAAAUGUGAUGGAUAAACAGUUGGAGGUGAUGAUAGUCAAUAUACUAUCUACAUAAUUAAAACUCAUGGAAGGGCAACACACCAGAUUUUCACAAGAUGAUGGGCGGUGAGAAUUCACAAGAGUUCUACAACAAAAUAAUUGAAUAGCGCAAGAGUAUUUACGACCCAAAGUAAAAGGUGAUG